CUUGCAGGACCUGAGGGAAUGGAGUUUUAUUACGCCCUGACUACGUUGGUCGGCCUGUCUCUGCUGGCGCAGCUGGUCUUCGCCGUUCUUAUUUUUGUCAUAUGGGUUCGAGAGAGUGACCAAAACCAGAGGCAGGAGUACUUCCUUGUGAGAACAGCUCAUUUCAAUAAUUUAUAUUAAUUUUAUUAAUUAUAAUAAAGAAUAUGAUACAUUACCAAAAACAGCCCACUGGUCACCAAUAAGCAGAAGCUCCACUAAAGCCCUUGAGUGUUUAUCUUCAGAUGUCGGAGACCAGUGCCUGCAGAAGUGCUGAAGAAAAAGCAAAGACGGUGACCUUGAAGAGAGACGAAGAGUUCUUGGCCCAGAGGUCGACUAACCGGUUAAAUUACCUGACGACGGUUCUCGUGUUCUCUAUAACGGUGAUCAACAUGUUCAUAACAGGAUUUGGAAUCAAGCUAGACCCGUCCUUCAAACCAACUGUAAACAGUUCUUGA